AUGGAGGGGCUCUUCACAGACCCCAAUUGCACCCAAAGCCUGCCCUGGGCCACUUGGCUCUCUGGGCUUGACGAGCUCACCCUGGGCGCCGCUGCUGCUGAGCCAGGACUGCCUGAGGCGCAGAAUGCGCAGCGCGCGGAGGAGGCAGCAGCAGCUCUUGGUCUUUCUCCGGAUCCCAGCUGCUUCCUCGGCGCUGCUACUCUGCUUCUGGCACAGGUGGCAGGCUCCUGGCGCCGUGGACGUUUCGUGGCGGCACUGCACACCUUCGCCUUGCUGCAUGACCACUUCCUGACAGCAGCGCACCCUGGCUUCUUCGUGCACAGUGCUUGGCCAGCUGGAGAUCAGGAUGUGCGCUACUGGAAGGACCGACUGCUCUACCAGAUUCGGCGCUUUCGCGAGCUGGUUGGUCGAUCCCUUCAUCUGGGGGCUGCAGCUUUCACCGAAGACUCCAUCCCCGAUGACGUGGAGCGAGAGAAUCUGGGAGGCUUUGCCUCACAUGCACUCCAGCAGCAGGAUGGGCGACGGCAGGGGAGGAACUGGUCGGAUUCAACGUUGUGGCGGCCUGUGUGGGAGUUGGCCCCAUCCGCUGCAUUGAUCCCAUUCAAGGAUGUGGUGCCACCGGUUCGCGUUUAUGUGUAUGGAGAAGGGGAUGCAGCGAUUGGGAAGCUAACUCGCUCGCCUGCUUUCUGCCACUAUCGCCAGUGGGGCAUGGACGUUGGCUUCCAUGACUUCUUCAGGACAUCUCCCAUACGCACCUUUGACCCAGAGAUGGCCGACUUUUUCUUCGUUCCGAGUUAUGCCUGCUGCCAUCAGGUAGCGGGAAUCUCAGAUUUCGAUGAGCUGGAUGCCGAUCAUAAGGCUCUGGUUUCGCAGCUGACUUACUUCGAGCGCAGCAGGGGGCGAGAUCACAUUUUCUCCUUUCACUACAUCGACCUGUUUCCUUCGUGGAGGAAGCACAUACCGUACAGUGUGAUCCUUACUCCAGAGACAGAGGUUGGUUUCGAGCGAUCUCUUGACGACUUCGGUCCGGACCAUGGCCGUUUUCCACCUUUCAACCCUCUGAAAGACAUUGUUGUCCCGCCGUUCAUCAACAUGAAAGACAUCCUUGGCUUCGAGACGCACGCGAAGCCAAUGAGAGAGCGGGAGUAUGUCGCGACCUUUGCGGGCAAGCUGUGGUCUGACAUCGUGGAGGCCGCCGACGUUCGAGGAAAGGUUGUGGCUCUGUCUUCUGCCCCGGGCUUCAAGAUCCACGCGUUCGCAUCCAUCAGGGACAUGCUGAAUCCGGAUGGCAUGCAGAGGCUCAUGGGAAACUCGGUGUUCUGUCUGGUACCACGCGGGCGGGCAGCCUGGUCAGUUCGCUUCUUCGAGGCGCUCUGGGCUGGUUGUGUUCCGGUGCUCCUGUCGGACCACUAUCAGCCUUCCUUCGAUCAGCUUUUUGAUGUGACGAGGUUUGUCAUAAAGUGGCCUGUGUCGAGAAUUGAUGACUCCCUGGUCUCCUACCUUCACUCGCUGCCUUUGGAGGUGGCCGAGCGCUAUGCGGAGGAGGGUCGGCGCGUUCGAUGCUGGUACCUGUAUCCGCCGCCUGAAGUAUCCUGGAUUGGUGAUUGGCCUUCUCGGAAUGAGCUCGAAGAGGUCGAGAAAAGGGUGUGUCCCAACUUGUCUUCCUCACGCAAUGCGUUUCAGGCUGUCGUUGAGAUUCUGCGGCGCCGUGCAGUGAAAACUCGGCUACGACCGGACGGGUUCUAUGCGGCGGACCCCAAGCAAGGAUACCAGCCGGUGCCCAUGGACGAUCGAUUGAGACCCAUCAGCUGA